AUGACAACUGUGGACUUCUUCACCGCUCAAUUUGGUGGCGUUUUAAUGAUUCUGGUCUCCCUAAUUGGUCUAUUUUUCAAUGUAUCCGCAUUUUAUCAGUAUUUAUCACAAGAGAAGACAAAUUUUUAUAUAAUGUGCAUUUCAAAAACCAUUUCUAAUUCUUUGCAUCUUUUGGUUUAUUUGGCUUAUAAUGGACCAUCGGCGUUGUUGUACACCCAAAUUGGUCCAGAAUGGUUGAAUCGGUACCUAAACCAAGCUAUUGCCUAUGGUUUGUAUUGUCAAGGACCUCUCACUCAAGCCCUUAUCACUAUCAAUCGAUUCUUAAUAGUCUAUUUUCAACCGAUUAUUGUUCCUUGGUACAGCAAAUGGAUCACUAUAGGAUCCCUAGCGUUCUGUUGGAUUAUUGCUUUCUACUUUUCAACCCUAAUUGGAUUUCCAGAAUCCUGUCUAAUCAAAUUUAGCCACCAGAAACUCACCUGGAUUCAUGAAGAAUGUCCAUAUAUUAUACAUUUUAUCCUGCAAAGUGAUUUCUUGUUCCUCGUCCUUCCACUAGGAUUAUUCUCGAACUUUAUGAACAUUUUUAUCGCUAUCAAUUUGUUUUUGUUAUCAAAAUCCCAAAGCCUCUCCAAUGAAACUAGCAGACAGAGAAGAAAAACUACAAUCCGACUUUUUAUUCAAAACUGUUUUGAAGACUGGAUUUACGUUUUGGAUACUGUAAACAGCUUGUUUAUCAGAGAUAGUGUCAACGAUGGUUUUGUAAUAUUUCUAGUAACAUUGGGGUCCAAUUUAAUCACUCAGGUGGCUGAUGGAUUUGUCAUGUUCAUGUCCAAUUAUCAUCAGUCCCGAAAGCAAAGAGUUAGUUCAGCGACAAGAGUGAGAUAUUUAAAUCCAUUAAAACCUUUGAAUUGA